AUGGCUUCCAAUGAGCCUAGACGAGAUGGACGCUUGGACGAACAGACAUCUUCGCUGAACGGUAACAAGGCGCAUGCAAUUCCAAAGUUGGUCCCUCGAUCCCAAGGAAAACCCUCCAGAACAGGAGCGCCGUCAGAAGCUGCCCCAGAGACACCUGAACUUCCUCUUCCUCCUCAACUUGACUCUGUACAAUUCAAGACUCCCGUUAAACGCAUUCUAUCCCCGACAGACCACAAAAAAUUCCUCGCCUCUCCUACCUACACCCUCAUCCAGUCAUGGAUAUUUACCCUGGCAGACUGUGUCAAAGGCCGUAACAACUCGACGUUGGAUAUUACAAAACUCUCCACACAGAUCCGACAACUGGACGCGGUUCUCGAUGCCAUCAAGACUCUCAUCGAACGCUAUCCUCCACUUGAUACCGGUUCUAGAUUUGGCAACCCUGUCUUCCGAGACCUACACAAGGCCAUAGUAAGAGAUGUGGAAUCACUGCACACAGAAGAGCUGGGUCUGCACGAAGAGGCUGCCAUACAGGAGAUUUCGGUCUAUUUUAUCAACUCUUUCGGAUCAGAAGAGCGACUAGAUUACGGUUCUGGACAUGAAUUGAACUUUAUGAUGUGGCUGCUGUGCUUGUAUCAGUUGGGUUUUGUUCCGCGUGACGAUUUCCCUGCGAUUGUUAUGCACACAUUCACCCAGUACCUCGAUCUGAUGCGGAAAAUCCAGAGCACAUACUACCUAGAGCCAGCUGGAAGCCAUGGGGUCUGGGGUCUGGACGACUAUCAAUUCUUACCGUUCCUGUUUGGGGCCAGUCAGUUGAUCGGGCAUCCGUACAUCACCCCGAAAUCCAUACACAACAAUGUCGUGUUGGAUGAGGAAGGCGACAAGUAUAUCUAUCUCAACCAGGUCCGAUGGGUCGAUAGCGUCAAGACGGUCAAGGGACUCCGUUGGCACAGUCCAAUGCUGGACGAUAUCUCUGGCGCCAAAAGUUGGCAAAAGGUCGAAGAUGGCAUGAGAAAGAUGUUUAUCAAGGAAGUGCUGGGCAAACUGCCUAUCAUGCAACAUUUCCUCUUCGGUGGCUUGAUUCCAGGGACGGACGACAUGGGUCACUUGGACCUGGAGACCCUUCGCUUACAAGAAGAAAGGAUGAAACAUGUUAAGGAAAAGGGCCACGAACCUGAUUAUUGGGGCGAUUGCUGUGGCAUCAAGGUGCCGAGUACGGUAGCAGCAGGAGAAGAGAUGCGAAAACGAAUGGGCACCUUUGGUGCACUGCGCCCGAUACCAUUCGACUAG